UUGCCGCUCCUACUUGAUCCAAUAAUAUUUCCUGAAGAAACUAGAAUAGAGGAAUAAGAUAUAAUAAAACAUAAAAGAGAAAGUAAGAAAGGAAAUGGAAGCUAAGAUGGCGAAAUUCUUCGAGUCUGUCGGAAAUUUCUUCAGCGGCGGUGACCAGAUUCCCUGGUGCGACUCCGACAUCGUGGCGGGUUGUGAACGUGAAGUUGCUGAGGCUGAGAAAGGUUCCACUGAUGAACUUAAAAGUGAAUGUAUCAUGCGCUUGUCCUGGGCUCUUGUUCACUCAAAAAGGCCAGAGGAUGUACAACGAGGGAUAGCAAUGCUCGAAGCUUCUCUGUCUGGCAGUGGUAGCCCACUGCAAACUAGGGAAAGAAUUUAUCUCCUGGCUGUGGGUUACUAUAGAAGUGGAGACUACACAAGGAGCAGACAACUUGUUGAGCGCUGUUUGGAGGUUGCACCUGAUUGGAGGCAAGCCUUAAGCCUCAAGAAAACAAUUGAAGAAAAAAUUACAAAAGAUGGAGUGAUUGGGAUGGGCAUUGCUGCCACUGCUGUUGGUCUUUUGGCUGGUGGCAUUGCUGCGGCACUUUCUCGCAAGAAAUGAACUUAUCUUAAUUAAAACCCCAUCUUUGUGCAGGUGAAAUCCACAGUACUUAAAUAUCCAGUUUUGUCUUCUCCGAUAUUUGGUUGUCCUAAUGAAGCGAUGUCUGUAAAAUGAAAAUAAACCCUUGCCUCUACUUUCUAGUACAGUGGUUUACCUGACCUUUAUGUAGAUAUUCAAAAUGGUCUCUGAUUUCUGUUUUGUGGGUUCUUAUCAGUAUUUUAUGACGCACUUGAUAUGGUUUUUACAGUUUA